AUGAUUCAAAACUUUUGGCAGCAAAUAGGAAGGAUGGAAGGAAUGAAGGAAGGAAGGAAGGAAGGAAGGAAAGAAGGAGGAAGCACAUCGCCGUGUUCUAACGUCUUUCUGAUGGGGGAACAAUGUGCAAUAGAACACUCUUUGGGAACCAUGGGAUCAGCCAGUGUCCAUAAUAUUGUGGCCGAUGGGGGACGGGUGCCAGUUGCCAGGAUGGAGGGAACAGAGAACACCAAACAGCGAGAGAACGAUGAGAAGCAGAGGAUGAACAAGAACAAGAACAAGAACAAAAACAAGAACAAGAACAAGAGGAACAAGAAGAAGAAGAAACAGACAAAACAGAAAAAUAAUAUACAACCCCAAUUGAAUGCCAUGAGGAGAAUUGCAAAUGACUUACAAAACGAAAUUACCCCAUUAGAAAAUGAAAUUAAACAUGAGGCCAACACCACUUUCAAUUUGAAAGAGUCAUCAAAAAUACUAUCAUCAUCGAAGACAAUGCCAUCAUCAUCAUCGUUAUCAAGGAACCAUUUGGCCAAAUCAAAGGUCCCUGACAACAAGAAAUAUCUCGUGGAUCUCACUGAGGAAGUAAUGCGACAGUCACGGUUGGUGAUGAAAAUCAACGAACGCUGGAAUUCCAAAAUCAACACCAAAAAACCAUCUUCGAAUUUAAAGUCCCCCAAAAUAUCUGACGAGUGGGUCGCCAAUCUUAAGCGGAGAAUGGUGGAAUCCGAUGAUGAAGAUGGUUAUCUGAGCAGUGGUAAUAGUAGCUCAUAUUCCCAAAAUAUUUCUAUUGUUCCUUCUAGACCAAUUCUAACGGUGAGCUCUAUGACAUCUGCUUCAGAAGGGAUAGAACGAAUGUGUUUGAAGUAA